AUGGACGGCUUGCGCGGCUGGGACGUUCUGCCGCAAGACUUUCUGAGGGCCGUUCUGGUUGCGACCAUGGCUAGCCACACUAGGCCCGAGCAGAGGGCGGUGUUGGUCAGGAGCCUGCGACUGGUGAACCGCGCCUGGUGCCGGGAGACGAGCCGGCUGCCGUCCUGCCUCAAAGUCUCCAGCGGGCCCCUGCGGCGCAUCCGCCUGGCCAUGCGCGAAAGGUUCGCCGGCGUGCGGACGCUGAUGCUGCUGGCGGGCGUGCAGUACCAGUUCAGCGAGCUGCCCUCCCUGCUGUCCUUCCCCAGCCUGGAGGUCCUGGACCUAAGCCUGCUGCCGGAGCGGCUGGGCGGCUACCACGUGGUGGCGUCGCUGCCCUUGAAGAUGCGCCUGCACCUGUCCCAGUUCCAGCUCCAGAGCGAGUGGGACGCCCUGAAGCCCCUGGGAGGGAUGACGUCGCUGCGGUGCCUGGGACUGGCGCGCUGCGAGCUGUCGGACCAUCUGACCCUGUUCAGGGACCUCACGGGCCUCACGUCGAUGCGCCUGAUCGCCUGCACCACGCCCGACGCCGGGGUGGCCUGCCUCUGGCGCAUGCCCUGGCUGAGGGAGCUGUGGAUGGACUUGUGCAUCGACGUCACGGACGGCGGCCUGGCGGGCCUGUCCAACCUCGUGGGCCUGACCAAGCUGAAGAUCGGCCGGAUGCAGAGAGUCGAGGACGCCGGCAUACGGGGGAUCAGCGAGCUGGUGAGUUUGUCCGAGCUGUCUCUGAGGGACUUAGGGAAGAUCGACAACGACCAGUGUAUCAGGGGGCUGACGAGCCUCACCGGCCUCACGAGGCUGGAGCUGCGCGACCUGGGGUACAAAUGGGUCGGGGGCACGCGCGGGGACUACUUGACCGCAUUCUCUGGGCUCUUGGAGCUGGAUAUAUCGGGGAGCGCGUUGGUGGACGACGUCGCCCUUGAGCUGUUAACGGACCUGACGUCCCUGAGGGUUCUGACGGCGCGGUACAUGCCCUCCAACGUGUCUGCCUCGACGUGGCAGCUGCUGCUGGACGCUUUGCCCGGCCUGGAGCUGCACAAGGACGAAGAGAUGGACUUGGAGGCCGGGUGA